AUGAACAACCAAAGCGACAACGCAGGAUGGGGCAGUGUCGUCAAGUCAAUUGAUGGACACAUGUCCCAAGAAGACAUGAACGGCUUCGACGAGUCACAGCGCAAGGUCCGAGAAGUCAUCAGUUUCCUCGAAGCUAUGGAAGCAAAAAACGAGGCUCCUAGGAAGCCCAGUGAGCUAUCUCGCUCUGUUACAGAGCUGCGCAAGAACAUGCAGCAGGCCGUUGCGCUCUUCCAAGAUCCGAAGCAUACGCCUCUCAGGGUUACUGAUACCAUGUACGAUAACAUCGACAAAGCCAAGGUCGUACUCACUGAUGGCUGUACAAUUGGUCUAGUCACUCCUCAAGGCAUUGGCGAAGCAUUGCACGAUUACGGCAAGGGCGAUGUAAUUGACCUUAGCAAGGAGACUGCAGCAAUGAUGGCAAACAUGCACAAGAUCCGCCGGGCUAGAGGUAUCAACAUGACGGACAUUACUCGCCGAAGCAACCGCACUACUGAGAGCGUCUCUGCAGUGCAGGUUACCGUUACUUGGCUUGAGGACGAUGACUUCCGGGUUUGGGAUAGCGAGGACGCUCGCGACACAAGCGGAACCUUCGGGUCUCGCGUCUGGCACGACUAG